AUGAGUGGUGUAUUGCCAGAUGAUAAAGCUAGUGAGAAGAAGGACGGGAAGUUGUUAGCGGAAACGGAAAAGACUCAAGUGAAUUAUACUCCGGAUUCGCAGGACACAGGGAGUUACAAAUACUACCCAGAUGAUCCCGAGUCUACGUGGAACAGGUUUCGGUUUCAAGCGAAGGGCGACUCGCAGUUCUUCGACCCAUGUGAGGAGUCCAGUAAGAUGUCGAUGAAGUGUCUGGAGUUAAAUAAUUACGAUCGUCAAUUAUGUAAGGAAUACUUCGAUGCUUAUAGGGAGUGCAAGAAACAAUGGUUACAGUCGCGUAGGAGGGAUAAGUCCCAAUGGGAAUGGGACAGGGACGGUAAAGGAGCCUCCAGUAACGGUGACAAUCGUGCUGAUGAUGCUUCCUGUGUGUUGAUGUGA